AGGGCCUUAGUCGUGUGAACCAAACGGCCCUAACCUUUUCUACCACCACCAUAGGCGUGGGAAACUGGGAAUCGCUUGAAAUAAAAGGGGCGAAGAGCCAAGCCCACAACUGUUGACGAACCGGCGAAGGUGAGAAAGAUGGCCGGAAGACAUCCCCUUUCGCGAGUCCCACCACCAUCUCUAAUCGUGUCCCACCACCGUGAAAUCCAGGGUCUCCUUCUCGACCAGAAAGAAAUGGUCGCAAUGCACGCGGCUAUCAAGCAAGAACUCGUCGCCGCCGAUCUAGAGCUCCGGAAACUCUCCGCCACCGCCCGAGAAAUCAGGGAGGAGAGAGAAUCACAAGUUAAGGAGCUUUAUGAUAAAUCCCUAAAACUAGAGACAGAGGUUCGCGCCAUUGAAGCCCUUAAUUCCGAGCAUACGCAAGUAAUUGGUGACAUUCAGAAAUUGACGGAGAGUAAAAUUCAACUUGCUGCUCAAUUAAAGGUUCUUGAUACUGAGUUAUCUGACUUAUCUCGGGUUAAGAUUGAUGCUUCCCAAGUUCCUGUUAUUCAGGCUGAUGUUGAUAAAAUGAAGCAAGAGCUUCUAAAAGGAAGAGCUGCAGUAGAAUAUGAAAAGAAGACACGGGAAGCUAACCUUGAACUGAGUCAAGCAAUGGACAUGAAAAUGAAUUCUCUGCAACGUGAUAUUGAUAUGCUACGUGCUGAGCUUGCUAAUACUGAGAAACGAGCAAGGGCAGCUGCUGCUGCUUCAAAUCCAGAUCCUGGAUACAUGGGAAACUAUGGAAGUCGUGGUAUGGCAUAUGAAGGAGGUCCUUAUUCUGUUCAAUAUUCCAUGCAUCAGGGGCAACUAACGGCCGAUAGUACUUCCUCAUCUCUAUAUGGACGUCCACCAGGUAGUCAUGGUCCAUUUGACGCCCAACAGCUUCAUGUGCGGAAAGGAUGAUCUAUGCCUUCUCCUUUCUUUCAAGGCUACCUGCAACUCUGCAAACUUUAAUUGUUGAAAAUGAUCUUGAAAACUGAUUUUGGCUGAAACCAGAAACAAAAUAAGAGAAAUAUAGUUCAAGUCGGCAAGUUGCACAUCCCUCAACCUCUCAGCUUAACACAGGAACAAAUUUUCUGCUCCAACGAUGAAUUUGAUUGCCCGCCUCCGUUUGGUUUACCCCUGGAUUCAUGGAUAUGAGUAGGGGUUAGACAGCAAUUUUCUGUGUUGGGAUUUUACUGUAUCUCAGAAUUUUUCUGUACCCUAAUGUCACCGAAUAGCCAAGUAGAAGGUAUAAUCUGUGGAUAUAAAGGUUGGUAUAUAUAAUCUAAAACUAUGGUUCUCUGUCUUCCAAGGACAAAAA